AUGGUCACCACCACCUAUGAAAAUGAUCUGUAUGCACUGCAAGAAGAAUUGGAAAGACUGAAGUCUCUCGAACAGCAAGCUGGGCAAGGGCAGGCUAUUUUGGAAGAUAAUCAGAGACUGAAAGAUGAAAAUGAGAGCCUUCAGACAGAGCUUGAUUCACUUAAAGGAGAACUGGAAAGACUGAAGUCUGUUGAACAGGCAGCUGAACAAGUCCAAGCUCUUUUAGAAGAAAACCAGAAAUUGAAAGAUGAAAAUGAGAGGCUGCAGAAGGAGCUGGAUUCUUUGAAAGACGACCUGGAAAAACUGCAAUUAGCUGGACAGGCAGCUGAGCAAGCCCAGGCUCUUCUAGAAGAUAACCAAAAACUGAAGGAUGACAAUGAGAAACUGAAGGAUGACAAUGAGAGGCUUCAGAAAGAACUGGAUUCACUGAAAGAAGAGUUGGACAAACUAAAGUCUGCUGAUAAAUCAGAUGAGCAAAAUCAGGCUCUCUUAGAAGAAAACCAGAAACAGAAGGAUGAUAAUGAGAGGCUACAGAAAGAGCUGGAUUCACUGAAAGAAGAGCUGGAAAAACUUCGGUCUCAACCAGCUGAGCCAGACCAAGAUCUUUUGGGAGAAAUCCAGAACCUAAAGGAUGAAAAUGAGAGGCUUCAGAAAGAGCUGCAGUCUCUGAGAGCAGAACUGGAUACAGCUAAACAAGCAGGUGGAGAGAAUCAGACUUUGCAGGAUGAGAUCCAGAAACUGAAAGAAGAAAAUGAAAGACUCAAGGAUGAGCUACAAUCUCUGAGAGCAGAACUGGAUACAGCUAAACAACAAGCAGGUGCAGCGGAUCAGAAUUUGCAGGAUGAAAUCCAAAAACUGAAGGAAGAAAAUGAAAGACUCAAUAAUGAGCUGCAGUCUCUGAGAGCAGAACUGGAUGCAGCUAAACAACAAGCAGGUGCACAGGAUCAGAAUUUGCUGGAUGAGAUUGAGAAAUUGAAAGGAGAAAAUGAACGACUUAAGAAUGAAGUUGAAGAAAAAGCAGAACAGAUGAAGAAAUUGGAAAUUGCGUCAAAAGAAGCUAGUGAGAAACCAGACCUUAGUAAGGAAAUAGAAUCUCUCACAGAACAAAUUAAGCAACUUCUGUCAGAAAAAGAGAAACUUGAAAAUGAACUAAAAGAUUAUAUAGAAAAGAACAAAAUUCUGGAAGACAAAUUAAAGACAUAUGAAAGUGGUGAUGACGCAGCAAAGGCCUUACAAGAUGAACUUGAAGCCCUUAAAUCUGAAAACCAAAAACUUAAAGAUAGUGGGUCAUCUGAGGCCGCACUGCGUCAAGAAAUGGAAGCAGAAUGCGAAGCAAAGCUCGCAGCUCUUAGGAGUGAACACCAGAAGGAACUGGAACGACGUGAGCAGGUACACCGUGAAAACUUGGAGACAUGUCAGAUUGAACUAAAUGAACUGAAGGGAAAGUUACAAGAGAGUGACAAAACACUUCAGUUAAACUUGGAUAAGGAUAAGAAUAAGGACGAAUACGCAAAAGAGUACGAGGAUGAAAUUGCAAGACUACAAAAGCAAAAUGAUAUGCUUACUAAAAAUCUGAAAGCAGACUUAGAAGCAAAAAAUGCUGAGCUAGAUACGAGAAACUAA